AUGGAAGUUCAAAUGAAGAAUGUUCAUUGGAUUGGACUGUGAGUGUAGCUGACUUGAAGGUGUUGCGAUAGUGGUUCUGAUCGUUGCGUGUGCAUUUUCUUUUGCGUUGAAAUCGAGUCAAUAAUGAGCGAUCCAAAAAGCAGUGAAGACCUGGCAACAGCAAUCCUUCGAAAGAAGGAUAAGCCAAACAGAUUGUUAGUAGAUGAAGCAAUUGCAGAUGAUAAUUCUGUUGUGGCUCUUUCUCAAGCAAAGAUGGACGAGUUACAACUUUUUCGAGGAGAUACAGUAUUGCUGAAAGGAAAGAGACGGAAAGAAACUGUAUGCAUUGUACUCUCUGAUGAUACUUGUCCCGACGAAAAAAUUCGUAUGAAUCGAGUUAUAAGAAAUAACUUACGCGUACGUUUGAGCGAUGUUGUAUCCGUACAAGCGUGUCCAGAAGUUAAAUAUGGAAAACGUAUUCAUGUACUACCAAUGGAUGAUACAAUAACUGGUCUAACUGGAAAUUUGUUUGAAGUAUAUUUAAAACCUUAUUUCCUGGAAGCUUAUCGUCCGAUUCAUAAAGAUGACAAUUUUAUCGUACGCGGUGGAAUGCGCGCCGUUGAAUUUAAGGUUGUAGAAACAGAUCCUGGGCCGUUUUGCAUUGUAGCUCCAGAUACUGUAAUUCAUUGUGAAGGUGAACCUAUUAAGAGAGAGGAAGAAGAGGAGUCGUUAAAUGCUGUAGGUUACGACGAUAUCGGUGGUGUUCGUAAACAGCUAGCUCAAAUUAAAGAAAUGGUAGAAUUACCUUUAAAACAUCCAUCUUUAUUCAAAGCUAUUGGAGUUAAACCACCUCGUGGUAUUCUCUUAUAUGGACCACCUGGUACAGGAAAAACUCUUAUUGCUCGUGCCGUUGCAAAUGAAACUGGAGCAUUCUUCUUUCUUAUUAAUGGUCCCGAAAUUAUGAGUAAGCUUGCCGGGGAAUCGGAAAGUAAUUUAAGAAAAGCAUUUGAAGAAGCUGAGAAAAAUUCUCCAGCUAUUAUUUUCAUCGAUGAACUUGAUGCCAUAGCUCCGAAAAGAGAAAAGACGCAUGGAGAAGUAGAAAGGCGUAUAGUUUCUCAGUUAUUAACUUUAAUGGAUGGUAUGAAACAAAGCGCUCAUGUUAUUGUAAUGGCAGCUACUAAUCGGCCCAACAGCAUUGAUCCGGCAUUACGACGUUUCGGUCGUUUUGAUAAAGAAAUUGAUAUUGGUAUACCCGAUGCAACUGGCCGUUUAGAAAUCUUAAGAAUUCAUACGAAAAACAUGAAACUUGCCGACGAUGUUGAGUUAGAAGAGAUCGCAGCAGAGACACACGGUCAUGUUGGAGCAGAUUUAGCAUCAUUAUGCUCUGAAGCAGCAUUACAACAAAUUCGUGAAAAAAUGGAUCUUAUUGAUUUAGAGGAAGAACACAUAGAUGCCGAAGUCUUAUCUUCUCUUGCCGUAACAAUGGAUAACUUUAAAUAUGCCAUGACUAAGAGUAGUCCAAGUGCUUUACGAGAAACCAUUGUAGAAGUACCAACUGUUACAUGGGAUGACAUUGGAGGUUUGCAGAAUGUUAAGAUGGAGCUGCAAGAGUUAGUACAGUAUCCAGUUGAACAUCCAGACAAGUUCUUGAAAUUUGGUAUGCAACCAUCGAGAGGUGUAUUAUUCUAUGGACCUCCUGGUUGCGGUAAAACAUUAUUGGCUAAAGCGAUUGCUAAUGAAUGCCAGGCAAACUUCAUUUCUGUAAAGGGUCCUGAAUUAUUAACGAUGUGGUUUGGCGAGUCUGAAGCAAAUGUUAGAGAUGUUUUUGAUAAGGCAAGAUCAGCAGCACCUUGUGUACUGUUUUUCGAUGAACUUGAUUCUAUUGCAAAAUCUCGUGGAGGUACAGUAGGAGACGCUGGCGGAGCAGCGGAUCGCGUGAUAAAUCAAAUCUUAACAGAAAUGGAUGGGAUGGGAGCAAAGAAAAACGUUUUCAUAAUAGGCGCUACUAAUCGUCCUGACAUUAUAGACCCGGCUAUUUUACGACCUGGUAGAUUAGAUCAAUUGAUUUAUAUUCCAUUGCCGGAUGAGAAGUCUCGCGAAGCGAUUUUCAGAGCCAAUCUUCGAAAAUCGCCUGUAGCUAAGGAUGUAGAUCUAAGCUAUAUAGCUAAAGUGACGCAUGGGUUCUCUGGUGCUGAUAUAACAGAAAUUUGUCAACGUGCGUGCAAACUUGCGAUCAGACAAAGCAUCGAAACUGAAAUUCGAAGAGAAAAAGAACGAGCUAGUAAUCCUUCUGCAUCUAUGGAUAUGGAUGAAGAUGACCCUGUACCGGAAAUAACACGAGCUCACUUCGAAGAAGCGAUGAGGUUUGCGCGACGUUCGGUAUCCGAUAAUGAUAUCCGGAAAUAUGAAAUGUUUGCACAAACACUUCAACAGUCUCGUGGUUUUGGAAGUAAUUUCAGAUUUCCGCAGAGCGGAACCAGCGGAACCCAAGAUACAACGCAAGGUGAUCAAACCUUCCAAGAUGAUGGGGAUGAUGAUCUUUACAGCUAAGUUGUCAUAUCUUUGUACCUCAUUACAGUGAGCAUGCGACAAAAGGGCCUGUCUGUUUCACAAGUAUCUUGUGUUUGUAAACACAAAUUUCGCAAAACGUAAUUUUAAGUAAUUGAAUAAUAUAAAAAUAUAUAAAAAUCCUAUUUAGCUCUGAUAUUCUAUGUAAGUAUAUGCAAUCUAACGUAUAUAAUUAGGGUAGAUCGUAAUCAAAUUGUAUUGUGUAAAGAUUUAAUCAGACGCCACUUUUUGAUAUUAAAGUUUUUUAAACUUGUAACGUGUAAGUUAGAUUACUAAAAUUAUAUAAAUUUGCUUGAAAGCAAUGUAAUAACGUUUCAAUUAAUUUUACAAAAAUAAAAAGCAAGACAUAAAAUUUAAAUAUAAACCAUUUGUAUCGAUGAGAUGUAAUGAAAUUGGUUGCUCUUUGUUACAAUGUAUAAACUACCCUAAUAAAAUAUGUCAUAUUGUAUAUAAAUUGCAUAGAAUUAUACGAAUGUUCCGUUGUUCAUAACAUUUUUCUAUGUAAUUUUAUAUCUUAGUUACUUAUAUAAAAUGUAAUUCAUAUUCUGUAACAGUGUUAUACAUAUAUUUUUUUCAAUGUUAAUUAGGGAUAGACUCUUUUGCUAUGUUGUCACUGUAUUUCUAUAAUUACAUCUUAUUGUUCACACACUGAGAUUACAGUAAAGUGAGAGUUUAUGCUAUAUCAGUGAAAUUGUUGAAACUGGUGAUGUGUAUUGGUGAAUUUGCAGUCUGCUUGUAGUAGUAAAUUUACUUACAAAUUACCAAAGAAUCUCUUGAAUCCUUUCAUUUUAGAAUAAAAGUGUUAAAAUUUCUAUAUCCUGGGUAAAUCUUAACAGCCAUUUUAUUUGAAGGCUUACACUUGGUUAUUAAACCAUGCUAAUAAAUAUCGAAAUAUCGACCAAUCAAAUUA